AUGGAUAUUGACAAAAUGUUCAAGCUCCCUUCUUUACCCGCUUCGGCAGGUCAGAAGCGGAAGAUGCCUGAUGCGCCUACUCCUGAGAUGCUGAAGAAGUACAAAGCGACUGAGACUGAAGCUCAACCUCAACCUCAAGCUCUUCCAACCAAUGGUAAGGGAAAAGGCAGGGCAGCCACGGUUGAAGAAGAAGAUGUUGAGGAUCAGUACAAUGCAGCUGAUAGAGAUGUGUACGAGGGGGAUGAAGAUGAUGAAGGGCGAUUUUUCGGUGGAGGAUUAAACAAUGAACAGCAGCAAAUCUUGGAUAUAUUCGAUAAAGCAGGAGAUGAAGAAGAUGGACCGACACUUGAUUUACCAGCUUUGAGGAGACAGUUGGGUAAAUUCGAGAGAAUCGUCAACAAGAAUGCUGAGAUGAGAGGGAAAUACCCUGAUGACCCUUCUAAAUUCAUCGAAUCGGAAUCCGACCUUGAUGGCGCCCUCAAACAAUUCCUUCCCCUCACUCAGAAUCCACCUCUAUUCUUUCCCGAACUAGUCAAAUCCGGCGUCAUAGCAUUAUUGACCAACUUGCUCUCCCACGAAAAUACAGAUAUAGCCAUAGAUGUCAUAGAAGUAGUGAGGGAAUUGACGGAUGAGGAUGUGGGUGCGGAAGUAGAUGAUUUGGAAGAAGAGGAUGAAGUCGAAAGUGGGAAAGCUUAUAAGACGAGGUUGGCAAUGGGUGAACUCAUUGAUGAGCUGUUGAACAACUCCCUACUCGAUUUAUUGGUUGCCAACUUAUCUCGUCUGGACGAAGAGGAAGAAACGGAUUCUCAAGGUGUCUUUCAGAUCUUGGGAGUGUUCGAGAACCUCUUAUCGUUCAUGCCACCUUUAUCAGAACAGAUCGUCAAUGAGACCAACCUCUUACCAUGGCUAUUGAAAAGGAUACAGAAAAAAGAGUAUGACUCGAAUAAACAGUACGCAAGUGAGAUAUUGGCUAUAUUGUUACAGGAUAAUAGAGAUAUCAUAUUGAAAGUUGGAGAAUUGGAUGGGAUGGAUAUUCUCUUACAAGGUUUAUCUCAAUACCGUAAGAAAGAUCCGGGAGAUAGCGAAGAAGUCGAAUAUAUGGAAAACCUCUUUGAUGUCUUGUGUUCGAUAUUAAGUCAACCGGAGAUGAAAAAAGCUUUUGUAGAUAAUGAAGGUGUUGAAUUAAUGGUUUUGAUGAUGCAAGAGAAACUCCUGGCCAAAACUCGAGCUAUCAAAGUGUUGAAUUACGCUCUUCAGACUGAAGAUGGGUCGAUAGGAUGUGAAAAGUUCGUGCAGGCAUUAGGGUUGAAAACUUUCUUCUCGGCAUUUAUGGGCAAGGGCGAAGGAAAGAAGAAGAAACUCAACGCGACCUCUUCAUUCGAAGAUGAGGAGCAUCUUUUGGGUAUACUCGUAUCGCUAUUCACCAAUCUCGCGUCGGAUACCCCAGAAAGGAUAAGGUUAAUAGCGAAGUUUGUGGAAAAUGGAUAUGAGAAGGUGGAUAGGUUGUUGGAAAUGAGGGAAGUCGCGGAGAGUAAAUUGAAAGCUGUCGAGAAGGAUAUCAACAUGGAGAAACGGGUGAUGCAAGCGAAUAAAGAGGAAAUAACAGAUGUAGAAGAAACCGAAUGGUAUUUGAGAAGAAUCGAUUCUGGUUUAUCUUCUUUGCAGAAUGCGGAUUACAUUUUAGCUUGGGUUUGUAUGGAAGAUGAUGGGGCAAUGACCCACGCUAGAUUAUUAUUGUCGCGAAAAGAUCAAUCAUUCAAGAAUAUUGUAGGGGUGUUAACAGAAUUCAAAGACAAUAUCGGUGAUGAAGAAGAAGAAGAGGGAGACACUCAACCGAAUUUACAGAAAAUGAUCUUGGAACAGUUAAUAGCAUUCUUGGAAGGAUUGAAGUAG